AUGAACACCAUCUACUGCGAUGGUGGCAGGCAGCAUGUGGGCGGUACUAGUACUACGUCAAAAUGGGUUACCCAAUACCAUUUUGGGGCACGAGCCGCAAAGUUCUGUGUUACCCAAAUCGGCUCAAGUCACGUGCACGUCCUUCUCCGAUCUGUAUAUCAACCUCUCCUGUCUGGCGUCUGGCUCACGAUUGCUCUUUCACCUGUCACUCCCCCAUUCCAUUUCCACAUGCUCUCUCAAGCCCGAACCAUCACGCAGGAGCAGAGCGUUCAGACCGUCAAACAACUGCUCAGCGCGUGGUUUAACUGCAUCGCAUGGAUACGCAACCUGUUGCCGGCUGAUCACUUUGUUGACGGUUCUAUCACGAACGAUCCGCUCAGUCAAAGCCAUAAUACUUCAUCUCUUUCACGAUCCAACCGAGUACAAUUAAAAACUGUCAAGCGCGGUCACUCAGGAGCAGGUGAUAGACUCCUGGAUUAUCUGGAAAAUGGUAUCUUCGACGCCCUUGAGAAGCAGUACUUAAGAAGCUUCAUGUUUGUAGUCUACCUGGAUCCCAACGAUCCGAACAACAUUAUCGAGUCUUUCACCUUCUCGUUUACGUAUCAUACCAUCCCGGGCACCAAUACCGUGGUUCCUAUCAUGAAUGGACUUCAUAGUGAUAAGGAGCAUAUUUUGAUCGCCCGGCGUAGCAAUGCACUGCAGGCAGUCACGAAGGGGAAGGUACCUACCCUGAGAGAGGUUAGGGAAUCGGUUCAGACAUUAGUCAAACGGCUCAUCAUGAUGACACAGAGCAUGGACGAGCUCCCUCCCCAGCGUUAUGUAACAUUCAAGCUUUUUUAUGUCGAUGGGACUCCGGACGACUAUGAACCGCCAUUCUUUAGGGCAGCAGACGCGGAGAAAGAUCGAUUCUUUUUCGCGACACAUAAUGCCAUCGAACGGCCUGACAAAAUAGCUAUUGGCGCCUUGAACACUUCGUUCCAUGGCGUGACUUUGACUUUUGCCUCGGUCUGCAACACACUUCCGAAACAACACGACGAUCUUCCUUUUGAUACAGAUAUUCCGGUCCAAGUACUAUCUACGCAACAGCGACAGGCACAUCAGCUGCAGGAAAUGAAAGCCCAACAAGGCGAUUCUCUCUCCCGCCGGGUUAUAUGGGAGGCUGAAGGACGCGCAUACACUCAUGAUAGCUUGUGUGACGGAGAUGGGGAACCAGAUCCUGACUUCGACGGCCUUGCCCCCGACUUGAGUGAAGAGCAGCCUGUCGGCUUUCGUGAUGAAGACGGCCGAGUGGGUCCGAUGCAAAGCUCUGACACAGCUAUGGAUCUUGAAGAGGCUGCGCAUGCUGGUAGCCCGGAGAAUGACGCCGACUUCGAAAAUCAGUAUAAGGCAGGAAUUUCAUCGCCUUACAAAAUCCAAAUCCUGAGCAUACCACAGAUACGUUUGCGGCACAAAUCGAUGUCUGAUCCCACCCAACGCCUGAGAAGUCGUCUGCAAGGCAUGGGGGGCUUGAUUGGGAUGAGCGAGACCAUGCUAACCGCUGGUAUCAAUACGCUAAAUCUGAACGCGAUCACGUUUGAUGAGGGAAGCGGUGACAUUGACAUGGGUAACGGUGACUAUAGUUCGGUCAAUGCAAUGCAGGAACCUCGUAGUGAGAGGAGUCUGCGCCCUCGUGGGCCCAAGACAGGCCCCCCUAAUUCCACCUCCCACCCUCAGCGCCCUAACGCUGAUAUAUCUAACGAAGACGAAAGAAACUGCUGCUGCGGAAUUCGCCUUAGGGUGAAAAAAGAUAUCGAGGACACAUCCAACUGGUGCCAAUGCGAGGGUCCAUGUGAAAAAUGGUAUCACCUAUGGUGUAUCGGAUACAAUGACGUUGAGGAGUUCCAUCACGACUAUCCAGAACUCCGUCCAAACACAAAGCCAUGGCUAUGUUUCGAGUGCUGUUUCCGAGAGAACUCUCUGGUUGCGCUCUUGAGCGAAGACGAGAAGCAGGAGAAGAUUGCUGAUUUCAAGGACCUUGCCCUUUUCAGAUUGGUCUUAAAGCUCUUCAUCCAGCCGAACAACUUGCCUGAUGGACCAUCGGCUCUCAGGAAACGCCUUGGCUGUCUCACUUCGGCAGGAAAUUUGAUAUGGCAACGCCUAGAGAAAGAAGGCUUGAUCAUUCGGGAGGGACUCGAUGGCGCGGAUGGUGGUCAUGAAGACAGUAGAACCAAUGCCACCAGACCCAAGCCAAAAUCAAAACAGAAAGCGCGUCGGGCUGGACCAGUGAAAUAUGUUGUCUCACGGCAUCAGGCAAAAAAGGGCUGCACGAAGUACUUCGACAAAAGUUACAAGCUAGAAGAGCAAAUCAUGGGUCUCAAAGAGCUCAGACGCGGCGUGCGCACCGAGAAGAAGAGGAAAAACACCUCCGACGAUGAGACUGACGGGGAGCCAGCGGCCGGGUCGGUUGACAGUCAGACCCAGCUCGAAGAGAAUGUUGUGCCACUGUUUUCUUUGUCCACGAACACACGAAGGCAGGAGAAGGAGUUGCGCUAUCGGCCGAACAAGAAGCUCAAGGUGUCCCUAGCCCAACAUCCGAUCGGCGCAGCUACUUAGCACUUAACAUUACUUACCCACUCUCCUAACCUGGUAGCAAAUAUCCUUAUUCCUAUUGUUCUCUACCUCUAUGGUGUAUCCAGUAUGCGAUAUCCGUAUGUACCACGAUGAUCACUGCAAUGAAUAACAA